CUUCAGUAUGGUGGCAUGAUGCCAUGGUCGAGUAGCGGUGCUGCAAACUCCAGCAUCCUUGACAUGAGCAUACUGGGCAGACUACUAUGGGUGCCAUCCAGUCCAAAUCUCACGAUUUCAGCGUUUGCAGAGGUUGCAACAGCAAGAAACCCUGAAGAAGGAACGGAGAGGCGGCUGCCGCCGAGGAUUGUGGUUUCGGAGACUGAUCUUCACCUGCGCCGGCUAUGGGGAUCCCCAACACAGGACAGUGCGACUCGCAAAUACCGUCUUGCUCUCGCCGUGGGGUAUGACGAGAAAGCCAAUGUCAAUGCAACUAUUCAGAAGUUCUCUGACAACUUCGACAUCGUGUUGUUCCACUACGAUGGCCGCACCACAGAGUGGGAUGAAGAGUUUGAGUGGUCCAAGGAGGUCGCGCAUGUCAGCGCAAGGAAGCAGACAAAAUGGUGGUUUGCCAAGAGGUUCCUGCACCCGAGCAUCGUGGCGCCAUACGACUACAUCUUCCUAUGGGAUGAGGACCUCGGUGUCGAGAAUUUUACCGCGGAAGCGUACCUCGACAUCGUGAGAAAGCACGGGCUUGAGAUCUCGCAGCCAGGGCUAGACGCGGCCAAUGGGACGACCAAUUAUGAUGUCACUAUCAAGAGAAACGACAGCGAGAUUCACAAGUUCGUCGAGGUGAUGGCACCGGUCUUCUCAAAGGAUGCUUGGAGAUGCGUGUGGCAUAUGGUCCAGAAUGACUUUGUGCAUGCAUGGGGUCUUGACUCCAAUUUCUGGAGAUGCGUCCAUGACCCUGAAGAGCAGAUUGGUGUCGUAGAUGCGCAAUACUUAGUCCAUCAAAUUAUUCCCACACUCCAAGGCCAGGUGAUUCUACAAUUAUUCCCGACAAAUUAG